UCGGAUGGGAAAAGUAUCGAAUUCAGGGAGAGAAAGACAUGUGAGUGAAACAGUGAAGGUGUUUACACCGUGUAGGGAACGAGGAGAAAGGUGAAAGCGACGUUUGAAAAGAAAGCCGAACGUUUCUCCCGCCUCAUGGCACGGGAAGCAGUUUUCCCCUGGAGUGGGUGUGGCUCGCGCAUGCGCAAUCGCUGCCCCUUUCACGUGUGGGUUGCCCGCCGAGAGCAGGGGGAGCGCGCGCCGGGACAGCGGCAGGAACCCAGAAGGAAAAGCGUUGGAAGCAGCCGGCAUGGCAGGACAGGCAUUUAAAAAAUUUCUUCCUCUUUUUGACCGAGUACUGGUGGAAAGAUGUGCGGCUGAGACAGUAACUAAAGGAGGAAUCAUGAUUCCAGAAAAAUCCCAAGGAAAAGUACUACAAGCCACUGUUGUGGCAGUUGGAUCAGGUUCAAAAAGCAAGGAUUUUUAUAAUUGGCCUGAUGAAUCAUUUGAAGAGAUGGAUAGCACAUUGGCAGUUCAACAGUAUAUCCAACAAAAUAUAAGGGCAGACUGUUCAAAUAUUGACAAAAUUCUUGAACCUCCAGAAGGACAGGAUGAAGGUGUUUGGAAAUAUGAACAUUUAAGGCAAUUCUGUCUGGAGCUAAAUGGUCUUGCGGUUAAACUUCAGAGUGAAUGCCACCCAGACACAUGCACACAGAUGACAGCAACAGAACAAUGGAUUUUUCUUUGUGCAGCCCAUAAAACUCCCAAAGAGUGUCCUGCCAUUGACUACACUAGACAUACAUUGGAUGGUGCUGCAUGUCUUCUGAAUAGCAAUAAAUAUUUCCCCAGCAGGGUUAGUAUAAAGGAAUCAUCUGUAGCCAAACUAGGAUCAGUUUGCCGUAGGAUUUACAGAAUAUUUUCCCAUGCGUAUUUUCAUCAUCGUCAAAUAUUUGAUGAAUAUGAGAAUGAGACUUUCUUAUGUCAUCGGUUUACCAAAUUUGUGAUGAAAUAUAACUUGAUGUCCAAGGAUAAUCUGAUCGUACCAAUUUUAGAAGAGGAAGUGCAGAAUUCAGUUUCUGGUGAAAGUGAGGCAUGAGGAGUAUCGGGGACUGAAAUGAACACAUAAUUAACAUUGUGUACUGUAUAUAUAAUUUUAGAAAUUUCAAUCAUGUAUCCUUAGAGCUUUGUUUAGUAUACUUUUUGUAUGCUGUGUGCGUUGCCUCUUAAUAUGGGAUAUGGUUUUAAGUUAUUCAUGAGCUGUAUAUUCAAUGUGGCACUCAUGGUUUUUAAAUAAAAUUAGAAUUAUCUGUUUAUACUGCCUGUUAAUAAAUGAAUUUACAGUUCUGUAAAAUUGCUGCUAAACAAUCAUUGGAUCUUAGUCUUCAAACAAUGUCCAGUUUAAACCUGAGCUUUUCAUUCUAAUGAAUUGUAGCCUUAGUUUGACACUUCAGAAGCUUGCAAGUCCAUUUCAUUUCUUUCUAACUUUUGUAUUUUAUGGAAACUAUCCUUAUUUAGUUUUGCUUUUGGGUGUAUGCAUAUAUAGAACUAACCUGUUACAGUACACGUGUAUUGAAAUAUUGGUUAUUGCAGUAUUAAUACCAAAUGGUAGCUUUUAUUAUGCUGCCAAAAAUAUAUUCUAGAGCUUUUAGUUUCUUUCUGGACUUGCCUUGCUGUAUCAAUGGAGGCUUCUGCAUAUCCACAAAUAGUUAUACGUCCAAUCCCUUUAAGGCAAAGAUUCCCUAGCUGAACUUCUCACCAGUGAAUGAAACAAUGUGUGCUUUCUCCUGGCCUACAGUAAAAUUCUCUGUGGCUUAUACUUGUGCAUAUUUAUAGUAAUUGCUGACAAACUAUACCUCGCAUUAAACAUUUAUGUUAACACUACAGCAGAUUGUGCCAAAAUAAUCAUACUCAUUUGUAGGACAAGUCCCAUGUACUUGGAAAAGUUUUAUCCAUCAUUUGCAGGUGGUUUCUAUUUAUCCAAAUAUUGCCCGAAUAUUAUGUUUUGUAUGCUAGUCAAUGAAUUGCAUAGUUAUGUCUCCCAAUCCAACUGUAUAUUCUUUACGUAGCAUCUUAAGAUUUGCAUUAGCACUAAAGUUCAGUAAGAACUUAAUGGAGUUUAAACUAUUUUGAGUGCUAUAGAGCUAAAUAUUUUUAAAAGACAAUUAUAAUGGGUUUCUAUACAUUGGAUGUACAUGAAUUCAGAAAUCUAAAAAAGCACUAGCACUGUUCAGUCAAGUUUGGUAUGUUUUAACUUUUGGGAAUUGAAGGCUGAUCCUUUCUUAUCAAAGAUGUCCCUUUAUUUGCUGAAAUAGGUUUGUUUGGCCCUUAUGUGGUCAAACUAGUUUAUUUCCUACUAUUCAUAACUUGGUUUCAGAGCACAUAAUGUUCUUGCCUUAAUUGCAUAUAAGAUAUUAUGAAUUGGUCCCAUAGAGUAUCAAGAUUGCUGCUCUAAUAGAAAGGGAAUCUUUAAAAAAGAUACAUGGAUACUUCAUAGCAGAUGAUAGAAACACUUUUGAGUGAGACUGUGCUAGAGGAUAUUCUUGGAAGUUGAAAGUUCUUCACUGGACUGACAUUUGGCUUCUUCAACUGCUUUUAUUAUCUAUUUUGGAAUGGUUUUAAUGGUCAACAGGGUCAUCACAUCAGAUGGUUCUUAACAACAGCAAUUAUUACACCCAUGUGUAAUUUGAUUAGAGUAUGUGGUUGAGUUAAGUUUCAGGGGUUACAAGAUGCAGUUGGCAUUCUCUAUUUGAAUGUAGCCUCGGCUAGUUAACAGACAAAUGUCAAUAAGCAUUAAUUUUGAGGCUGCAAUAAAAUCUUAAGUCUCCCUCUUCCAAUACAUGCCUUUGGGGUGGGGGGCAAAACCUGAUUUUGCUCUUAAUAAAUCUGAUUGGUCUGCACUAUAUUCAAAGUUCUGUAAAUGGCCUACAACUACAUUAAGUUUCUUAAUGCUGUUGAUUUGAGUACCUCUAAUGUGUGUGCACAUGUGCCUGCCUGAUACUAUAGAACUUCAUUAAGCUUAAGUGAACUAUUGACUUUGUAUGCUAAAUAUAUUGAGGGUUUAACUUACAUUCUGCAUUAUAGGGAAACUGAGCUAUGUUUGUCUUUUGAAAUACUUUGUAAAAAGUAGAGGUUGCAAUUAAAAACAUUCUUUUUCCAAAAA